CGAGGGGGUGUGGGUGGGGGCAGGAGAAGCGACAUGGCGGCGGAGAGAGGAGAGGGGCCGCUGCAGGAGAUGAUGGAGGUCUUCUUCCCAGAUUGUUGGUUUAGGAAGAUGUGAAGGGAGGAAAAAGUGCUUCAAAAAUCAAAGUAAAAACAAGGGUUGACAGGCGGGUAGAGUCAGAAGAGUCAGGAGAUGAUGAAGGGAAGAAGCAAGCAAGUUGCAUAGUAACAGACCUCAGUCAUCAGAGCCUGAGAGAUGAGCAGAAUGGGGAGAACUUAACAGGAGAAGCAGAGACACCAGUCGAUAUGGAGUCAAUUAACCUGGAUCCGGAAGCUGAGGAUGUUGACCUGAAUCAUUUCCGAAUUGGAAAGAUCGAGGGAUUUGAAGUGCUCAAGAAAGUGAAGACUCUAUGUCUACGUCAGAAUUUGGUUAAGUGCAUUGAGAACCUGGAACAGCUGCAGACUCUCAGAGAACUGGAUCUCUAUGAUAAUCAGAUUCGGAAGAUUGAGAACUUAGAGGCCCUGACAGACCUUGAGAUCCUGGACAUCUCUUUUAACUUGCUGCGACACAUUGAAGGACUGGACCGGCUCACCCAGCUUAAAAAACUCUUCUUGGUCAACAAUAAAAUCAGCAAAAUUGAGAACCUGAGCAACUUACAGCAAUUACAGAUGUUAGAGCUGGGAUCCAAUCGAAUCCGGGCAAUUGAGAAUAUUGACACAUUGACUAACCUGGACAGCCUAUUCCUGGGAAAGAACAAAAUCACCAAGCUCCAGAACUUGGAUGCACUGACAAACUUGACAGUGCUCAGUAUACAGAGCAACCGGCUGACCAAGAUUGAGGGUCUGCAGAACCUGGUGAAUCUGCGUGAGCUGUACCUUAGCCACAACGGCAUAGAAGUCAUCGAGGGACUGGAGAACAAUAACAAACUUACAAUGCUGGACAUUGCAUCCAAUAGGAUCAAAAAGAUUGAAAAUGUCAGCCAUCUAACAGAGCUGCAGGAAUUCUGGCUGUACGAGAUCCUGGCCACGACACCAUAUGGCCACCUGAAGCAGGGGGAGGUUGGGGUGGAUCGGCUGCUGAGCGAGAAUGUCUUUGCAGCUGCAUUCCCUUUGCAUGAGGGUCCCUUUGCAGUACCCGCUGACAGGCUGGCCCCUGAGAGCCUGACCGAGCGCCAGGUCCUCUUCCAGUACUGGGCGAGGUGGCAGAAAUGGAACAGAUACCAGCCACUGGAUCACAUCCGCAGGUACUUUGGAGAGAAGAUUGCACUCUACUUUGCCUGGCUGGGUUUCUAUACUGGGUGGCUCUUGCCUGCAGCAGUUGUGGGGACACUGGUUUUCAUCGCAGGCAUAUUUCUGAUGCUGAGCGACAUACCUGCGCAGGAGAUCUGUGAGAGCGAGGAUCAGUACCAGAUGUGCCCGCUGUGUAAGGAGUGCCCACAGUGGCAGCUCUCCAGCAUCUGCAGCAUGUUCAAGGCAGGUCGCCUCUUCGACCAUGGUGGGACCAUCUUCUUCAGCAUUUUCAUGUCCCUGUGGGCGGUGACAUUCCUGGAGUACUGGAAGCGGAUGAAUGCCACCCUGGCACAUCGCUGGGACUGUUCCGAUUUCGAGGACAUUGAGGAGCGGCCGCGACCCCAGUUCACUGCCAUGGCUCCCAUGACGAUGGAGAACCCAAUUACUGGAGCAGAGGAGCCAUAUUUUCCUAAGCGGAACCGUGUAAAACGGGUCACGGCUGGAUUGAUGGUCAUCAUCAUGAUGAUUGCUGUGGUUGUGAUGUUUCUGAUCUCCAUUAUCCUGUACCGGGCGAUCGUCAGCAUCCUUGUGUCAAGAUCUGGGAACUUCCUCUUUGUGGCAUCGGCAUCUCGUAUUGCCAGUCUUACGGGCUCAGUGGUGAAUCUAAUCUUCAUCCUCAUCCUCUCUAAAAUUUACAUUGCACUGGCCCAUUUCCUUACGAAGUGGGAGAUGCACCGGACUCAGACGAAGUAUGAAGAUGCUUUCACCUUCAAAGUGUUUGUCUUCCAGUUUGUCAAUUUCUACUCUUCUCCUAUCUACAUCGCGUUCUUCAAGGGCAGGUUUGUAGGCUACCCAGGGCACUACAAGACCUUGCUUGGGAUCCGCAAUGAGGACUGCGGGGCUGGCGGCUGUCUCAUUGAACUCGCCCAAGAGUUGCUGGUCAUCAUGGUGGGAAAACAAGUCAUUAACAAUGUGCAGGAAAUCGUCAUCCCGAAGCUGAAAGGCUGGUGGCAGAAGUACAAACUUCGAUCCAAAAAGCGGAAAAGCAAGGAGGCCCAAUUGGGCCUGGCGCAGCAGGUGCCCUGGGAGAGCAACUACGAGCUCCUGGUCUGUGAGGGGCUGUUUGACGAGUACCUGGAAAUGGUCCUGCAAUUUGGAUUCAUCACUAUCUUUGUGGCAGCUUGUCCUCUGGCGCCCCUUUUCGCCUUGCUCAACAACUGGGUGGAGAUCCGCCUGGAUGCACAGAAGUUUGUCUGCGAGUACCGUCGUCCUGUGGCUGAGCGGGCCCAGGGCAUUGGCAUCUGGUUUUAUAUCCUGGAGGUCAUCACCCACUUGGCUGUCAUCAGUAACGCCUUCCUGAUUGCCUUCACUUCAGACUUCUUGCCCCGGCUGUAUUAUCAGUACACUCGCGCCAGUGAUCUGCAGGGCUAUGUUAACUUCACCCUGGCGUAUGCUCCAAAGCACUUUGCCUCCCAGCACAAUGUCACGUGCAGGUAUCGUGCAUACAGGGAUGAGAACGGCAGGUACUCGCUAACCUAUUGGAACCUACUAGCAAUCCGCCUGGGCUUUAUUAUAGUGUUUGAGCAUGUGGUUUUCUUUAUUGCUCGUGUGAUAGACCUGAUGGUGCCUGACAUUCCUGAGUCACUGGAGAUCAAGGUGAAGCGCGAACGUUAUCUGGCCAAGCAGGCACUGGCUGAGAACCAGGCCCUCUUUGAGAGAGAGGAAGUCAGAGCCACCUCCAGCACUAUGCAAACAGCACCCAAAGACUGGGAGUUAAGUGGGAUGCAUGAAAACCAGGGGCCUACCCACCUACAGAUGACGACGUCUACACACACAGUAGCUGCGAGUCCGGAAGCUCAUCCUCAGCAGCAGUUUGAGCCUGAAGCAGAAUCUCCAUGAAUUGCUGUUGACUCAAUUUUAAAACACAAAAAAUGGUGACUGCUUCUAUGUGGGGGUGAAAUGAAACUGAAUUCAGCCAUAAAGUUUGAUUUCUAGCAUUCUCCUUUGGAAAAGAUGAACUCAACUUGGCUCUGACCCUGAGCUGGUGGCUGUUGUAUGUAAGAAACCUUGCAGAGGACUGAAUUAUUUUAGUGAAAUUUCAGAGUGGAUAAUUGUAAUUUCAUGGAUAAAUAAAGCAUG